UUCUUCUUUUGUUUUUUCGCUUGCUUGUGUGUGGUUAUUCUCUGAUAGCUAGUGGGGGAGAUCUUCAAGAAAAUGAAUUUAUGGGUAGUUCUGUCUCUUUCUCUGGUGUCUUGGAUUCACUUGGUAGGAUCUAAAGCUGCCGUUAUCACCCCAACCAUGCGGAAUGAAACGGAUCGACUCGCUCUGCUUGCCUUCAAGAAUGCAAUAAUUGGAGAUCCUCUCCAUGUCUUCACCUCCUGGAACCAUUCACUCCAUUUCUGCGAGUGGAGUGGGGUCACCUGCAGCCGUAGGCAUCAUCAAAGGGUCACGGCCUUGAGCCUUACAGGCUGUGGCUUGGUGGGCCAGAUAUCCUCUUCCACUGCAAAUCUCAGCUUCCUCAGAGCAAUUGAUCUCUCAAACAAUGCAUUAAAUGGCAGAAUCCCACAGGAAGUAGGCCAUUUGUUCCGGUUGCGGUAUCUCAAUCUCAGCUAUAAUUCUCUUGGCGGAGAAAUUCCGACCAGUCUAAUAAACUGUUCGGAAAUCGAAGCUAUCGAUUUAAACGGUAACUACAACAUCCAAGGUAUUAUUCCUGUUCAGCUCGGCUCUCUGUCAAAACUUCGUAUUUUGAACCUCGGCAUUAACAAUCUGACAGGAGGAAUCCCACCAUUCAUUGGAAACCUUUCAUCUCUCACCCAUCUUAUUUUGAGCAGAAACAGUCUGGGAGGAAACAUCCCAGACGAACUUGGCUGGCUGUGGAACUUAAACGUACUCCGAGUUAGUUUGAAUCAAUUGUCAGGUGAGAUUCCGCCCUCACUUUACAACCUCUCUUCUCUCACUACCCUCUCAGUCGUAGGAAACCAACUGCGUGGAAUCCUCCCAUGGAACUUAGGACUCACCCUUCCCAACCUCCAAAAUCUUUACAUGGGGUUGAACGAAUUCACAGGGCCUAUACCAGUUUCACUAGCAAAUGCUUCAAGCCUCAUGCAACUUGAUCUCUCUAAUAACAGUUUUAGCGGACCCGUGCCAAUAUAUCUUGGAAGCCUUACCGAUCUGAUGCUGCUAAAUGUCGAGUCUAAUCAGUUAGGAAGUCAGGGUGAAAAGGAUGACUUGGGAUUCAUCAAUUCUCUCACGAAUUGCAGCAGUCUGGAAGUAUUAAGCUUUGGAGUGAAUCAACUGGGUGGUUUGUUGCCUGGCUCCAUUGCUAAUUUCUCGACUCGCCUCACUGAAUUGUGGUUUGGGAGUAAUGAAAUAUAUGGAAGCAUCCCAAUAGGAAUUGACAACUUAAUCAAUUUGAAUGUCUUGACAAUGGCUCGUAAUCAUUUAGCCGGUCACAUUCCCUUCAGUAUUGGAAAAUUGCGAAAUCUGGAGCAGUUGUCAUUGUAUUCGAACAAUUUCUCAGGGGAAAUACCAGCUUCUUUAGGAAAUAUCACUUAUCUGAGCCGACUUCAUUUACAGGACAAUAAUUUACAUGGAAGCAUACCUUUAAGUCUUGGAAGCUGGAAACACAUGGAAGACCUAUUCCUUGGUGAAAAUAAUCUCGUCGGUGGUAUACCCAAACAGUUUCUUCUUGGUCUUUCCUCCCGAUUGUCAUACCUUAACUUGUCGCAUAAUUCUUUCACUGGGUCUCUACCAGCAGAAGUGGGUAGCAUGAAAAAUCUCAAAGGGUUGGAUAUUUCAGAGAAUAAAUUGUCAGGUGAAAUUCCUACCACGCUUGGCGAUUAUCAUAAAUUGGUAGAGCUUUAUAUGGCGGGCAACUUCUUUCAAGGAGGGAUUCCUUCAUCAUUAAGGAAUUUGGGAGGGAUCGAAGAUUUAGAUCUUUCGUUUAACAAUUUAUCUGGUCAUGUUCCAGAAUAUUUAGGAAAUUUUGUGUUCUUACAGUCUCUAAAUCUGUCUUUCAACAAUCUAGAGGGUGAACUGCCAAAAGAAGGUAUCUUCAAAAACAGGAGUGCUGUUUCGGUCAUUGGAAAUAAAAAUCUCUGUGGGGGCAUUCCAACAUUCCACCUGCCUACAUGCCCCGACCAAAGUUCUAAGAAAGGGGGAAAGUCUAUUCGUCUCAAGGUCAUAAUCCCGGUGAUUAGUUCGGGGCUUUUAUUAAUUCUGUUAUCAUGUUUGUAUGCAAGUAUUUGUUGGAUAAGAAAGUCAAGAGAGAAAUCUCCCUCCAUGUCUUCCCUCGAUGACCCCCAUUUAAAGGUUUCUUACAAAGAUCUCCUUAAAGCAACAGAUGGGUUUUCUUUAUCCAACUUGAUUGGAGUUGGAAGUUAUGGUUCUGUGUAUAAAGGAGUCUUGGAUUGCUAUGAAAGGAUUAUUGCAGUGAAGGUGCUCAGCCUUCAACAACAGGGUGCGUUAAAGAGUUUUACAGCUGAAUGUAAUGCCUUGAGACAUAUUCGACAUCGGAAUCUCGUCAAGAUCUUGACCGCAUGUUCCAGCAUCGAUUUCCAAGGUAAUGAUUUCAAAGCUCUAGUUUUUGAAUACAUGCCUAAUGGGAGCCUGGAGAAAUGGUUGCAUCCAAGUGUUAACGGGCAGCAUCAAUUGCGGAAUUUGAACCUUGUUGAAAGACUAAACUUAGCCAUAGAUGUGGCUUCUGCAUUGGAAUAUCUUCAUCACCAUGGCCACGCACCAAUCGUUCAUCGCGAUCUAAAACCAAGCAAUGUUCUUCUCGACAAUGACAUGACUGGCCGUGUAAGUGAUUUUGGGUUGACCAAAAUCCUUCCUGGAAUCAACAACAACUCUAAUCAAAGCCAAAGCAGCUCAGUUGCAAUAAAAGGAUCUGUUGGGUAUGUUGCCCCAGAGUAUGGGCUAGGUGGCGAUGCUUCUACCCAAGGGGAUGUGUACAGUUAUGGGAUCCUUUUGUUGGAGCUGUUUACGGGGAAGCGACCUACUGACGACAUGUUCAUAGACAGUCUCAGCCUUCAUCAAUUUGCUAAGAUGGCUUUGCCAGAGCAAGUGAUGGAGAUUACAGAUCCACAACUUCUCUUAGAUGAUGAAGCUUUCAACAACAUUGAAACUAGGAGAGCCAUGAGAGGUAGAAUUCAGGAAUGCUUGGUUUCAGUUAUUCAAAUUGGAGUGGCGUGUUCUACAGAAUCACCGAGAGAACGGAUGGAGAUGAGAGAGGUUGUUCGAGAAAUGCAAGUGAUCCAUGACAUAUUUCUUGGCGUUGGGAUACAUGGAGAGAGACGAAAUAGGGCCCGAUUAUUAAGUGAAGGUUAAUCUUACCUCCAUAAUUGUAAAGCUACUAUUACUAAUUAUAUGGUAAGAAAUGGGAAUUGUACUGUCAAUCAUUUGAUGUGUUUCAUCAGUGUGGUUGUCAUGGGUUAUUUUGGGGGAAAUAUAAGAGUGCAAUACAGACACCCACCAUUGGCAGUGUUCAAUCCUAUUAAGAGUUUGUCCUUAUCGUUAUCAAUGUUGUUAUUAUUGUCAUCUUCAUCGUCGUCGUUGUUGUUUUAGUGGCAUGUAAUCUUGAGUUUCAAAGUAUCUAUUUCUUAGUU